CGCGUCUGAAUAAUAAAAUAAUUUAAAUGUUUUUGUCGGGUCGGGUAUAAUGGCUGCUAUUUUCAUCGUUCGGAUGAUUUUCUAGCCACGUUUACCAUUUUCUUUGUAAUUAAAUGAAUAUUAAUCAAGUAUAGUAGGGUAAAAUACAAGUAUUUUUAAUUUUAAUUAAUUUAUAAUUGUAAUUAACAAAAUUAUUAAGAAGUAUCGAAGAAAGAGCUUCUUAUCUUUGCCUCCCUCCCUCCCUCCCUCUCCCUUCUAUAAAUGCACAUUCUACUCGGACAUCUUCUUCACAUAUCUCACAGAGAUUAUUUUUAAACAAACUAAGUACGAUGGAUUCCAUCAAGUCCUUUAAGGGCUACGGCAAAGUUGAUCCUGCUGAAGAACAAACAUUCCGGAAAAGGACACGGAAGCGUUUGAUCGUUUUAAUUGUCUCUGCCGUUGUUCUUGUUGCUGUCAUCAUCGGAGCUGUUGUGGGGGUAGUAGUGCACAAGGGAAAAAGUUCUUCUGAUGAUUCAAUUCCGGCAUCUAGUAUGACCCCGGCGGAGUCUCUCAAAGCGGUUUGCAGUGUGACCCGAUACCCCAGUUCUUGCUUCUCCAGUAUCUCCAGUCAGGCGGGCGCCUUCAACACUACUGACCCAGAAAUGUUCUUCAAGCUCUCUUUACGUGUCGCCAUUAAUGAGAUGUCGAAGCUGUCGGAAGUUCCAUCUGCGCUCAUGGAGAAAACCGAUGAUGCUCAAGUUAAAGCUGCUUUGACCGUUUGUGGAACAGUGUUCGAUGAUGCAGUGGAUCGGCUCAACGAUUCUUUAUCUUCCUUGGAGGGAGAGAAUUUGUCCUCAUCAAAGAUUGAUGAUAUGAAGAGUUGGCUCAGUGCUUCAAUCACUGACCAAGAAACAUGUUUAGAUGCUCUGAACGAGCUAAACUCAACUCAUUAUGGAAACUCCUCCAUUGUAGAAGAUAUCACAACUGCCAUGGAGAACUCUACACAGUUUGCGAGCAAUAGCUUGGCCAUUGCAGCAAAGAUAGUUAGUGUACUGUCCAAUGUUAAAGUUCCCAUUCAUAGGAGGUUACUUGGUUUUGAAAGAUCAGAUUCUUCAGGGUUUCCGAGAUGGGUUAGCGCCGGCGAUAGGCGGCUUCUCCAGGAGUCCAAGCCUACACCGAAUGUCACGGUGGCGGCGGACGGCACUGGGGAUUUCACCAAGAUCAAGGAUGCUGUAAAUGCGGUGCCUAAAAAGAGUAAAGCAAGAUUUGUGAUAUAUAUUAAAGCGGGAACUUACAAAGAGAAUGUGAUUUUGGAUAAAAAUAAGUGGAAUGUGAUGAUGUAUGGAGAUGGCCAAACAAAGACUACCGUUUCCGGAAGCUUGAAUUUCAUUGAUGGAACUCCUACAUUCUCUACAGCAACCGUUGCUGUUGCUGGUAAGGGCUUCAUGGCAAAAGACAUGACUUUCAUCAACACAGCAGGCCCAGAGAAACACCAAGCAGUGGCCUUUCGAUCUGGCUCCGAUCAGUCGGUAUAUUACCGGUGUACCUUCGAUGCAUUUCAGGACACUCUGUACGCCCACUCCAACCGCCAAUUUUACAGGGAAUGUGACAUUAUAGGCACCAUCGACUUCAUCUUUGGCAAUGCUGCUGUUGUUUUCCAAAACUGCAACAUCAAGCCUAGGCAGCCUCUGGCUAACCAAUUCAACACCAUCACAGCCCAGGGCAAAAAAGACCCAAAUCAGAACACUGGCAUUUCAAUUCAGAAGUGUACAUUUUCACCUCUGGCCACUCUAACAGCCCCAACAUACCUUGGUAGGCCUUGGAAAAACUACUCCACUACAGUCAUUAUGCAAUCUGAUAUUGGGUCAUUCUUGAAUCCAUUGGGCUGGAAAGAAUGGAUCAGCAACGUUGAUCCACCAAGUACCAUAUUCUAUGCUGAGUACCAAAACACCGGCGCGGGCUCAAGCACCGGUCAGCGGGUUAAAUGGCCUGGUUAUAAGCCCAGUCUGACAAAUGUUGAAGCAGGAAAAUUUACAGUGGGGACAUUUAUCCAAGGAAGAGUAUGGUUGCCAGAGACUAGUGUUACAUUUGAACAAGCCUUAUGAUUUAAAGAGGUUGGUUAGAGAGGUAGAUAAGAUAAUUCAAGGCCAAGAGUUUGAUAUUGGUGAAACAUUGAGAUACAGUUUGUGUGUGUAUGUGUUUGUGCUUUUGGAUUUGUUCUCUUUUUUGUAACAUUCUUUAGAAUACAAGUGAAAGUAUAAGUAAAUUUCAUGAAGAUGAGAUAAGAAUGAACAAGAGUGAAUCUGUUUCUGAA